CAGCCCUGCACCCUGAAUUGGGGCAGUCAAACUCAUCUGACUGUAGUUCACUGAUCAGGCACACACUUACGUUGUGAAUUUGUUGCUCAGAAGAGUCAUAUUUCCUGUGAGCAGACAUGAAGCCAGCAGUGGCUCUGCUGGGCCUCUUCCUGCUGCUGGACAUCGCUUUUGCUGCAGAAAAGUCCUGUGUUGGUCGCUGUGGCUCUUUCGACCCCCGGACAAAAUGCCAGUGUGACUCCAUGUGUGUUUACUAUGGGAGCUGUUGCUGGGACUUUGACACCGUCUGCCCCAAAAAAAUAAGUCGUGGCGAUACUUUUGAGGAAGCAGAUGGAGUAACAGAAGCAGGGAUGACCGUCCCAGAGGGAGAGACUCCCUCAUCAACUUCCAGCACAGUUGCAACAAACAUGGCCGCCUCCCCAACACCCAUCACGCCAGGAGGGCCUGACUCAUCCGUAGACGCCGAGGCAGAGGCCUGCAGUGGUCGACCUUUUGAUGCCUUUCUGCAGCUCAAGAACGGCUCGAUAUACGCUUUCAGAGGUGAAUAUUUCUUUGAGUUGGAUGAGAAGUCUAUACUUCCUGGGUACCCAAAACUCAUCCAGGAGGUUUGGGGGAUCACCGGACCUGUGGACGCGGCAUUCACACGCAUCAACUGCCAAGGAAAAUCCUAUAUCUUUAAGGGGAAUGAGUACUGGCGGUUUGAUGGUGAUGUUCUGGAUGAGGACUAUCCGCGCAACAUUUCAGUGGGCUUCGAUGGCAUACCAGAUGACGUCGAUGCAUCUUUUGCCAUACCAGCACCCAGUCACCUGGGAAAAGAGAAAGCCUACUUUUUCAAAGGGGAAAAAUAUUACCAGUAUGAGUUCAAGCACCAGCCUUCCCAUGAGGAGUGUGUCGACAUGAGCAAGACCUCCCCCUCGGUGCUGUUCACACGUUACACGGACCUCUUCUGUGAUCAGACAUGGGAGGAUUUCUUCACCGAGCUCUUUGGAAGCUCCUCAGUCAGCCGUCAAACAGGCCCUCGUUUCAUCAGUAUGGACUGGCAGGGCGUCAGGCCCUCUGUAGAUGCUGCCAUGGUGGGGCGAGUCCACCUCAGCCCCAAACCGACGGCAUCUUCUCCUCCACCAGCAAAGAGGCGCAGCAGCCGGAGGAGGAGGCCCAGCAAGAAGCGCACAGGGCGACGAAGGCACAGUCGCCACACGCUGCUUGAUGAUUUGUGGGGUUACGAUGAUUGGUUUGACUACAGUGACUUCAGCGAUAUCUUUGAAGAAACCAGCACGCAGGAGCGCAAAAGCACACCUGUGCAAAAUGUGUAUUUUUUCCAGAAAGAUAAAUACUACAGAGUGGACCUGCAGACAAAACGUGUGGACUCUGCCAACCCUCCUUACCCACGUUCCAUUGCAAAAUACUGGCUGGGCUGCAAGCAGGAAGAGACACCUGAUGUUUCAAGAGCAGAAAAGAGAUAAACAGGUUAACUCUAUUAAAUAACUUCAUUUUCAACACACCUCUUAGUGACCAGUAUUAGCGUGAUUGCAAUAUUAGCCAAUAAUAGCUUCUGUUUUUUUGUUG